UCCGUUCUAACUCCAGUCGUAUUAGACACCAAGAGACCAAACCAGACCUCGCCUCACCUCACCCACCUCAACCACUUUCGAUAAUACUAUAAAUACCCGCUGUCGCAGUAUCUGGGUUACCAAAAGUAAUCAAACUUAGACAACUACUAUAAAAUGAGUAAAACCUCAAAUCUCGAUGUCAUGUUGGCUGGUGGCGGGGCAGCAUUCGCGGUAGACCUGAUAGUCUAUCCAUUAGACACGCUCAAAACCCGCCAGCAAAGUCGCGAUUUCAUCAAGACUUUUGCCAGUCCGUCAACUAAGACGAAGCUGCCAUCGAGGCAGCUUUUCCAGGGCCUCUACCAAGGCAUUGGCAUAGUUAUACUCGCCACUUUACCUGCCGCUGGCACUUUUUUCAUGACUUACGAAGCCGCCAAGACAUUCAUCGGCCGCCACGGGUCGCCGUUAGGUCUCCCACAGCCUUUAAUGCAUUCGGGUGCCUCAGCAAUAGCCGAGUGUGCGUCUUGUCUAGUCCUUACUCCUUCUGAAGUGAUCAAACAGAAUGCACAGAUGCUCCAGCAACGGUCUGCGAGCGCGCAUAGGUUUGCUUCGCUUCAGGCUCUGAAGCAGUUGGGCGGUACCGGAGCGGGAGGCAAAUUGCUCUCCGGUUAUUCCGCUCUAGUAGCUAGGAACUUGCCUUUCACCGCUAUUCAAUUUCCCAUCUUUGAAUCCAUGCGUGCAUGGUUUUGGAGAAGGCGUUCAGAUCUGUCCAAAGAUGGCACUACCGACCAUAUGGCGGAAAAGCGGAGUUUGCUUGAAACGGGAGUGGUCACAGGCGCGAGCGCAGGCUUGGCAGGCAGUUUUGCGGCCAUUAUCACGACGCCUAUGGAUGUGGUCAAGACUCGGAUCAUGCUGGCUGCGGGGCGUGACCAGAGUUCAAAGCAAAGCGCGAAUAAUCCGGUCGUUGGGAUACAGAACACAGCCAGCAAGAGUUCACAAGGUGCGCUCGCCGUAGCACGUCAGAUCGUCUCGGAACGGGGAGUCUCUGGAUUAUUUAGAGGAGCCAUCCUUCGUGCUGUCUGGACCUGCGUCGGCAGCGGCCUCUACUUAGGGACGUACGAAGUAGCAAAAGCUUGGCUCGCGAGAAGAAAGGAAUACAAUGCGGAAGACUACAGUUUCCAAUAAUAUAGACUAUUCAUAUGCUAUCCAUUGAACCCCUGCGCCCAGUCCGUCGAGCGCGCCUACCGAACCCAUCCCUAUAUCAUCUCAUGUCAUGUUCAUCCCAGAAUCCCAAUAAGCCAAUGUCCAAAAUCAUCCAAAGCACGCAUAACGAAACAAAAUACAUGGAAACACGAAACAAAAGGGCUUUCGCGGCCAAAUGUUAUCUGCCCAGACGUUGCUCAUCCAGAGGACCUUCUCGUUUCCAUCCUG